AUGGUAAUACGUCCAGCCUCUAGGCUCUUACGCGUAUCAAUCGCAUCACAGUACCAGCUCUCUGUACCGGUGGCCCGUCGAUUUUCUAGCACAAAAGAGAACAAAGCAAAGAACAGGAUAUACGAUUCUGUUCGCCGGCCAGAUGACUUCCAAUCAUACCUCCUUCUUUCCACCUCUGCGAGAAAACCCCUCAUAACCUUCUGGACGGCAUCUUACUGCAAUACCUGCCGAACCAUUGGUCCUUUACUCAACCAACUCAUCGAAUCCGGCGUUGGGGAAGCCGAAGGCGGCGUUUCCUUCUGCGAAAUCGAGUAUGACUCUCAAGACAUAAUGGACAGUGGGUUUGGGAUGAGAUAUAUGAUUACCGCAAUGCCUACGCUAUUGUCUUUUGAUAGAGGGGAAGCAAUGACCCAAACGAAGCUUAUGGAUCCAGCUAAGAUGAGGGAUACCGAGUUUAUGAAGGAGUGGAUAAGGACGGAGGCUAGGAGGCAGGGUGGUGGCAGUGGAGGGUCUGGUUUUGGUGGUGGUGGAGGUCUGUUUGGAGGGCUGUUUAGGAAUUCGAAAUGA